AAUCUCUUAAAUAUCAUAAACAAAUUGGAGUUACAAAUGAGAAAAUUCCGAAAAAAUAUAUUUUCAUUUGAGUGAAGAAGAAUUUACAAACAAAGUUAACAUGAACUCAUCCGAGUCGUCCGUAAUUGUUUUGGACUCUGACGAUGAAGAAGAUCAGUCAAAUCGUCAUUUAUCAAAAGCAACGGAUCCGAAGCCAGUAUCCAGAAUCAGUAGUCAAGUGGCUCCUUCAGUAGUGCAAAAUGCGCGAGCCAUUUCAAAAGCCAAUAUUAAUAUUGCAAAUCAACAUGGAAAAACUAAACUUUCAACUUUGAAUCAGUUUCCUCCAAACAAAAAUACAAAUUCGGUUUCUAUAAUACCACUUAACAAAAUGCAAAAUUUAAAACCUGUAACGAGUAGUGACCAAACUACGAAAAAAUUUCCUUCAAAUUUAUCACCCAAAAAUUCUCCAAGAAGUUCUCCUAAUCUUCAAAGAACUGCUUCUUCAAAAAAUACUUCUUCAGCUUUAAAUUCAGUUCCAACUAGCAGAAAACCUUCAAUGAAUGUAUCGAAUUUAAUAUCAAAGGAAAAGUUGAAUUAUGAAAAUAGUCGCAACAAUAACAACGAAGUAGUAACUCGUGAAAAUUUCAGCACUAAAUUGGCAUCUUUAGCAUUGAAUCAACAUUUGAAUAUAGGAAUUAGUAAUUCUAAUUCAAUACUAAAACGAAAGCUUGAAAAUUCCGUGGAUCCUCUUGGUAUAACUGUCCCUAAUCAAGUUCAAAAAACUAAUAGCUACAAGCGAAUAAAACCUACAAUGAUUUCAAGUACUGUUAGUCCAAAAUGGAGUCAAUUAUCGAACACUAUUACAAUAGAUGAUGAUGAUGACGAUGAUGAGAGUAGUAAACGCAAACUCAACCAUCCACAAAAGGUAAAUAAAUCCCGUUCAAAUUCAAUUGCCAGUAGUGGUCCAAGUCCUUCACCAUCUAUUUCUUCAAACGCAACAUCGCCACAAUCGCAAAGCUCACCCACCACACCUUCACCAUCUUUAAAAGAUUCUAAUCGACGUGCUAGUACACCUAAAACAGGAAAUAUUACAGAAAGUUUGACAGAAAAAGCAAAGAUAUUAGGAUCAUCUCGUUUAGAAGACUCUCGUAGCGAAAAUAAAACUUCAGAAAAGACCGAAGAAAACCUGAGAGUUUCUUCUGAUUCGCCUAUUCCAAAUGGAAAUAUGAGUGGCGGUGAAGAAAGUUUUGAAAAGAAACAAACAAACGAAAUAAUACCAGCUUUUGAAAAAUUAAUAGAAGCAUGUAGGAAAUCAGAAAAAUCUAGCGAUAUGGAGAUUUUGAUAGAAAAAAAGCUUUUAAAAUAUUAUCACUCAAUUCAUCCGGACUUCAUAACAUCUAAAUCAUUUAAAAAAACCGUUGAAAAUAUAACGAACGAAAUUUUAGAAACACCCAGUUUAGUUUAUAUUAAACUAAAGACAAUAAUCGAGGAGUUAAAAUCUAGGAAAAAUAGUAAAGUAAUUGUAGUUAGCAAUGACGGUCAAACUUCUACUGGCAAUGAUGAAGUUGACGAGAAGGUAAGAAGAUUGAAUAAAGGUCUUAGGAAACUUAAACAUAUGAUAUCAAAAAUGGAAGAAGAAGAAGUUGAUUGGGAUAGCGAAUAUUCAUCAUACUUAAAAGUAGAGAAAUUUAAAAAACGUGCUUGCGAGAUUUAUGAAAAAAUUUGUGAUCUUACUGGUGAAAGUAAACAUGCUCAAAGAACUGUUAGAAAACCUAUAGUUUUUAAUCACACAUCAUACCCUAAAAUUAAUAAAGCCAUUGAAACGUUUGUCAACAAAACAAAAAUGUUCCCGGAUUUUCAUGAUAUCUUAACAAUAUUACAGCACUGUAAUAAAACUUACAAUCUUAACUUAACUUCUGAAGAACUGAAAAGAAUAGCCCAAGACGCAUUCGUUAAAGUAGGUAAACUACUACAAAAUCGCCGAAAGACUGAUUUAUAUGAAACCCUUUCACAUUACACGGAAAAAAUUAAAGAUCCUGCUUUAGAAGAUUCCGAUUUAAACGCAAAAUUAACUGAAAACAAAAAGCAUUAUGGAAAAAUAAAUGCUUUAAUACAAAAAUAUGCCCGUGAACAAGACACUUUACAAUCAGAAAAAUUAAAAGCCAAAGAACAAACCCGUAAAUCUGAAAAUAAUGUUGACUCAUCAGAGCAUGAAGAUAAUAAUGAAAUAAAUAAAACGCAGAUAGAUUCUUCAAAAGAUAAUAAUUUCGGGAAACAAGCUGCAGAGGUUAAUGAUAAAAUACGCAAUACACCCAGUUGUAGUUAUACCACGUAUUCCAGUAAAAGUCAAGGUAUUGUCGAAAAUGAUAAAAAUAUUGUUCAUAGUAAAAAAGGGGAAUCAAAUAACGAAGAACUUUUAAAAAAUUGCGUUGGCAAUAAAGAAUGUAAUGAUAAUAAAAAAUGUAACAGUAACAUUGAAGAAGUUAAAAAUAACAAAACAAAUAUUGAAUCUAAUAGUAUUUCAAAGAUUAAUUCUGCAAAAACUGUUGUAAGUAAAGACAAUAGCAGCAAAACGUCGAAUUCAUGUAAAGUGGAUCCAUCUUCCCUUAAAAUAGUAAAUGUUACAUCUUUAUCCGAAAAAUCAAAAACUAAUAUUUCGUUAUCUAAAUCGUCAACUUCUAAUUCAAAAUCAGUUAUGCCGUCAACAUCAAAUCUUAAUAAUUUUAGUAAAAAUAAUAUUAGUGAUAAAAAUAAGGAAAUUGAUGAAAUAAUUUUGUUAGAUGAUGAUGCGUAGUUUUUUGUUUUUAUGAUUUCAUUUUUUUUAUUUCUUUAGAACUAUAUUUACUUUUAAUUUUUUCAUUAAGCGUUUUAAAUGUUAAUAAAUGUUGCAAAUUUAAAAAAUAAUUUUCAACUCUGGUGUCAAGAAUUUUUUUAAGU